AAUAGCAGCGCCGCCAUCUUGUGAGUCCUCCGAGGGGAAAGGGAGGGAAGGAGGAGGAGGCGGGAGGAAGCGGCAAGAUGGCGGCGGCGCUGCUGCUGUGGCGGCUCUCUCGGGCCGGAGGGCUCUGGGCGCCCCGCCGAGGAGCAGGAGGCAGCGUUCUCCUGAGCAAAGUGAUCAUAACCAGACCGGCAGUUGCUUGCGCUGCAGUCGAGGAACGCCGUCUCCUGGCACGCAACAUCCACACCUCUCCCAGGAGUUCAGGUGUAGACAGCUUGGCAUCGAACCAGAAACAACAGCAGCAGGUGACCUUCCGCCACCAGAAGGGCUUGGCGUGCCUCUCGCCAUUUUUCACCAGCGUGGAAGAAACUCCUCAGGUUAUCCAGACCAAGAUCAAAGGACAGGUCCCCAGGUGGCUCAAGGGCCAGCUGCUGAGAAACGGGCCAGGGAAGUUUGAAUUUGGAAAUGACAAGUAUAACCACUGGUUUGAUGGCAUGGCUCUGUUGCACCAGUUUGAGAUCGAAGAUGGGAUCGUGAAGUACAGAAGCAAGUUCCUAAGGAGUGAUUCCUAUCUGGCAAACAGCAAGAACAACCGGAUCAUGAUCUCUGAGUUUGGAACCAUGGCUGUGCCAGACCCUUGCAAGACCAUUUUUGAGCGCUUCAUGUCAAGGUUUGAAGCGCCAAAAAUAACAGACAACUGCAAUGUGAACUAUGUAGUCUACAAAGGCGACUAUUAUGUCAGCACAGAAACCAGUGUAAUGCACAAGGUGGACCUGGAAACUCUUGAAUCGAAGGAGAAGGUGGAUUGGACAAAAUAUAUUGCAGUGAAUGGAGCGACUGCCCACCCACAUUAUGACCCAGAUGGGACGGCGUACAACAUGGGCAACUCGUAUGGGAAGCAUGGCUCCAACUAUAACAUCAUUUGUGUCCCACCACAGACCCCUGGCUCAGAUAACUCUAGCCUGCUGGGUGCCAAAGUGGUAUGCACCAUUGAGCCAGAUGAUCGGAUGAAGCCCUCCUAUUACCACAGCUUUGGAAUGAGCAAAAACUACAUCAUCUUCAUUGAACAGCCCCUUAAAAUGAACCUGUGGAAGUUCGCUGCUGCCAAAGCUUUUGGGAAAUCCUUUUUGGAUGGGAUCAGCUGGGAGCCUCAGCACAACACUCGCUUCCACAUAGUGAACAAGCUCACAGGACAGGUGUUGCCUGGGCAGUACCGCAGCAAAGCCCUGUUGAGUUUCCAUCAGAUCAACGCCUUUGAAGAUCAAGGCUGCAUUGUCCUAGAUCUCUGCUGCCAGGAUGAUGGGCAAGCCCUAGAUAUUUACCGCUUGCAGAACCUCCACAAGGCAGGGGAAGCCCAGGACCAGGCCUAUAAUUCAAUUGCAGCGCCAUAUCCACGGCGUUUUGUUCUGCCCCUCAACAUCGAUGACAAGAAACCUGUAGGAGAGAAUCUUAAUCCUUUGAGCUACACAUCAGCAACAGCUAUGAAAAAGGCUGAUGGGAAGAUCUGGUGCACAUAUGAAAGUCUGCAUGAUGAGAAGCUUGAGAAAAGAGGAGGCCUGGAAUUCCCCCAGAUCAAUUAUGCUCAUUGCAAUGGGAAGAAAUACCGCUACUUCUAUGGCUGUGGCUUUGGGCACCUGAUUGGAGACUCAUUGAUCAAGAUCGAUCUGAACACCAAGGAGAUGAAGAUUUGGCAAGAGGAUGGGAUGUAUCCCUCUGAGCCUGUGUUUGUGCCUGAACCUAACUCUGCUACAGAAGAUAGUGGAGUCAUUCUGUCCGUAGUACUCACACCCAAGCAGAAUCAAGGUAACUUCCUGCUUGUUCUGGAUGCCAAGGAUUUCACUGAAUUGGGACGGGCAGAGGUUCCAGUACAGAUCCCUUAUGGUUUUCAUGGCAUCUUUGUCCCACGUUGAUACCGAAAAAAUACGAGAAGAAGGGGUCUGCUCCGUGAUGGGAUGCGACUGAAAUUUCUCCUUUGUGAUUUUGGGCAAGCACUUAAUCUUACCAUGCGUUGCUUUAUCUGCCUAAUGGUGUCAUAAAAGUUAUUUUAAUCUAUAGAAAUCAAAAAAUCAUAGAGGUGGAAAAGACCCCAAGGGCCACCAGUCCAACCCCCUGCCAUGCAGGAAUAUAAAAUCAAAGCACUUCCAAGAGAUGACCUCCAAAGGAGGAGUCUUCAUCAUCCACCAAGGCAGUCUGUUCCACUAUUGAAAAGCUCUUACUGUCAGUAAGUUUCCCUAAUGUUGAGAUGAAAUCUCUUUAACUGGAGCCUGAAUUUGUUGUUCUGGAUCUUAUUCUCUGGAGCAGUAGAAAACAAGUUUGCUCCAUCCCCAAAACAUGACUCUUAUGUUAUCUCUAAGCCUCUUUUCCAGGCUAAACAUACCCAGCUCCAUAAGCCAUCAUAAGCAAAAUUAUCUUUGUGACUGGGACAAGUAUUGCUAAUAAAAGACAGACAAAUAUUGCACACAUAGCAUUUUGAAAAAGGAGGCACUAACUGACAUUAAACUUUAUAGCAUA